AAAAGGCGCCUGUUCGCCUCUCCGCGCUCUGCCGCUCCUCGGCCUCCGCCGGCCCCGCUUGCGCUAGCAGCGCCCCUGGGAUCUGGGUCCCCUGUGUCGCCCCGGUCCGCUCGCAGCGCCCGGCAUCUGCCCUGGAGCGCGCAGCUGGGGUGCUGGGGGCUACAUCGGUAAGCAGGAGAGACCCGGCCCUCGUUCCUGCGGAUCCUGCAGCCCAGUGGAUGGAGCCCAGAGCCUACAGACCUGCCAGGGAAGAAAACCAUUUUCCCGAUGGUUGGUCCGAGCAGGGUCUCCCCGGUGGACUGAGGAAUGUCUGGCUUUUCCUCUGCUCGCUGAGCUCUGUGGUGACCACGGGCAGCCGCCAGACCACCCCGAGGAUGAGAGGCCUCAGGUCUGCAGGUCGCUGCUAGGACAGCGCUGGCUUCUCUCCGGAAAGCAAUGCAGACCCCACGCAAGCUGGGAAGGGCGCCGGGCGCAUGCUGAGCGCGCGCAGGGGGACGCGCCCUUCGCUCCGGUCCGGGCUCGGGCGCUGCCAUAGUAACGGCCCUGGACGCCCAGACCCUAGGUCGCCGCCGCCGCCGCCGCCGCCGCGGGGAACCCGGCCUUCUCCCGCUCCCGAAGGCCGUGGUGGCGGCGGCGGCCCCGGCCGGGUAGAGGAGACCGCCCCGCUCCCCCGACGCAGGCACACGCGGCCGACUGGCUUGCGAGCAUGCCCUUCCAGAAGCACGUGUACUACCCGCUGGCCGGCUGCCCCGAGGGCCCCGACGCCUCUGCAGCCGGCGGCGCGGCGGGGGCAGCCGCCAUGGCGUGUUUCCCUCCCAGGGCGGGGCUGGGCCCCCAGCCCUUCUUCCAGUUCCGGCCUCGGCUGGAGAGCGUGGACUGGAGGCGGCUGAGCGCCAUCGACGUGGACAAGGUGGCCGGGGCCGUGGACGUGCUGACGCUGCAGGAGAACAUCAUGAACAUCACCUUCUGCAAGCUGGAGGACGAGAAGUGCCCGCACUGCCAGUCCGGGGUGGACCCGGUGCUGCUGAAGCUCAUCCGCCUGGCGCAGCUCACCAUCGAGUACCUGCUGCACUCGCAGGAGUUCCUCACCUCGCAGGUGCACGCGCUGGAGGAGCGGCUGCGCCUGAGCCUGAGCGACUGCGAGCAGAGCCGGAAGCUGCUCACCAAGCAGGCGGGCGAGAUCAAGCUGCUGAAGGAGGAGUGCAAGCGCCGGAAGAAGAUGAUCUCCACGCAGCAGCUGAUGAUCGAGGCCAAAACCAGCUACUAUCAGUGCCAUUUUUGUGACAAGGCCUUUAUGAACCAAGCUUUUCUACAAAGUCACAUUCAACGCCGCCACCCUGAAGAUCCUCACCUUGACACAUGUAUAUCCAUUCAGUCAUGUGUACAUCUUCAUGUAAGUACAGACUAUAAGGCAAAGGCACAGACCGAUAAGCUGCAGGGUGAGAUCGACAUGUUGAAGGAGCAGCUGCAGCUCACCAAGUCUCAGCUGGAGACCUCCCAGCAUGCCCAUGCCCUCCGGUUCUCUAAGGAAUAUGAAAUGCAGAAAACAAAAGAGGAAGACUUUCUGAAGUUGUUUGAUCAAUGGAAAGAAGAAGAAAAGGAGAAACUCGUUGGUGAAAUGGAAAAAGUCAAGGAGAUGUUUAUGAAGGAAUUUAAAGAAUUAACUUCCAAGAAUUCAGCAUUGGAGUAUCAAUUGUUGGAAAUCCAGAAGUCCAACAUGCAGAUCAAGUCCAAUAUCGGCACGCUGAGAGACGCACAGGAGCUGAAAGAUGGCCAUGCUGCGAAUCCUCAGGAUAUCCAACAUGUUAUGCAGCUUCUCGACAGUCAGGAAAGCAAGUGGUCAGCUCAAGUUCAAGCUCUUCAUGAAGAACACAAGAAAGAAAAGAAUCAGCUCCUAUCCUACAUAGAGAAACUCCGAACCUCAGUGAUAGAUGAUCUAAAUGUAAGUAAUGUUUUCUACAAGAAAAGGAUCGAAGAGCUAGGCCAGAGACUCCAGGAGCAGAAUGAACUGAUUGUCACUCAGAGGCAGCAGAUUAAAGAAUUUACCAGUAAACCAUUAAGCAGUGUCAACGAACCCAGAGGGACUCCUUUAACCUGGCAAGCUUUUGAAUCUAAGCCAGCAGCCCCAGCUGUACCUAUGAAUGCCCCAGUCUCGCAGACUUCGGAAGCUAAAUCCAGUCUAACGAUGGUACAUGAACAGGCAUUCUCGUCGCACAUACUGGAACCAAUAGAAGAACUUUCAGAGGAAGAAAAAGGAAAGGAAAAUGAACAGAAGUUAAACAACAACGUGCAUUUAAUGAAAACUCUGAAGAAUAACUCCUCCCUCACUAAAGAAAUAAGGACAGUCCUGGAGCAGAGCUUGGUGGAGAAACUGGAAGGCCUGGGGAUUAAUGCGGAUAUACGUGGUAUUCCGACUGAUCGCUUGAACAGAGUGUUAAGAACCGUGGAAUCAGCCAGACAUGAACGAGAAAGACAAAUACCGAACAUGCAACAAAUUCGAGAACUCAUUGGCCAUCAGGUCAGCUGCAGAAUUGAGGAGAGAACGUUGCUGUCUUCAGAUAAGUUCAGAGUUCCUCAGAUGGACACCCUUUCAACUGGAGAAGUACCCAAAGCGAUACAACUUCCUCCCAAAAACAGACUGUUGGUUAGACAAAGACCUGUGUUUACUGAUAGGACCUCUGUUCCAAAAAUUAAGAAAAAUACAGUGGAAGAUAAUUUUCCCAGAAAGUCUUCAACUAUUACGACCCCUCCCUUCAGUUCGGAGGAGGAGCUGGAUGAAGAGGACAUCAUCCAGAUGUACUCGUCCCCAGACCUACUUCCUGUGAAGUCCUCUAAAAGCAACAAGAGCAACGUCGCAAAGGCCGCCGCCAAAAGUGACACUGACUGGACCGAGUGCAGCGAAGUAGAGGAACUGAACGUUUUCCCCAAACCUGCAGACAGCCAUCCCGCUGUACCCGCGGUGGAUUGGUUGCAGGCCGCACCCCAUAAUAAGCCUGCAGGAACUUCCGUCAAAACACUAACUGAACAAGUUGAGAAAAUAGCUCCACAUCACAGAAAUGGGACCAAGCCAGCCGCUGGAGUUAAUGUUCCUGAUAUGUUCGUCAGAAAGGAAGAAUUGCAAGAACUAAAGUGCACAGAUGUGGAUGAAGACGACUGGGACAUAUCAUCCUUAGAGGAAGAAAAGUCGCUGGGGAAAAGACCUGGGCGAGAACAGAAGGAACCGCCAGCUGUGAAGAGUGAAGCGAAUUCCACUCAACUGCUGAAGGCUUGGAGUUCCCUGGCCCCCAGGGGGCCCAUGGGAGAAGGACUUCAAGAGAAUGAAUCAAACACCUUACAAAGCAGUUUAGUAACCGUGUCAGAUUGGAGUGACGCUUCAGAUGUAUAACCGAAACUCCCGGGUCAGAAGAUUCAUCCAGAAGUCAACCGUCUUUCUCAGGUUUUAGUAACCUGCCUCCACGCGUGCCAUGCUCCUGCCUUAGAGCGUUUCCCACAAUAACAAGGAAGCUGACUCAAAGAACAAGGAUCUCUUUUACGGCACUUCAUACAGUAUUAAAAAACCAAUUGUCCACAGUAUUUUGAAGCAUAUAAAGGUGUUUAAGACUUCUGCUUGAAAAAUAACAUGUCGUUGAAGUCAUAAAAAGUCUGUUUUCUUCAGAACGGUACUCUAGUGUUGAGUAUAUUCCUUUCCAUAAUUUUUAAGUCAGGCCUUUUAAUUUAUAGUAAAUCUUGGUUUGAAUUAUUACAACUUUUUGAAAUUUUCUUAUGUGUACUAUCACACUGGAAAGUGUUUAUAAUUUUGUUGGUAUCUUUAAAACUGUAUUAGUAGAAUCAUUAGUCAAAUCUUACACAUUAGACUGGUUAUUUUUCAUAUAGAAGUUUUGAAUUGCAAUAUAGCUAGGUCUAUGUUCAGUACAUUCUCCUGAAGUACCUUUGUCAUACUUAGCUUACUGGAAAGCAUGUUGCUAUUACUGUUAGGUUCUGCAGCAUAAUCUUUUUCUUGGAUAUUUUAUGAAUAAAAUAUAGUUAUUCUGAAAGCCAGUUAUCAGAAUAUGAAUGGAAAAGAUGGGGAGUAACUUAUGUGUAUGUGGUUUGAGUUUCUGUAAAACAUUCACCUCUUAUUAUAAAAUACCUCAAAAUUCAUUUAGUUAAUUCUUGAACAUUAUCAAAGGUCAGAAAACUAAUAUAAGCUUUUUUUUUUUUUUUGUAAAUUUUUUACACUUUGUGAUACUAACCUGUACUGUUUCCAAAAAAGUAACGCUUUAAGCACAUGGUUUGUUGGGUUUUGGAUCUCUUCAUUCUGUCAACCUUUCCAGUAAAGCCUUCCAUUGUUU